AGUUCCGCUGUUGGUCACCGGAUACGGGAGGAGACUGUUGGGAGCUGACGCAGAGAUGGCUGCUACUCUGCGGCUCAUCGAGCAGUUGUCCGGGCGGGUGGUACGCGUCCUGGGCUGUAAUCCAGGUCCCAUGACCCUGCAGGGCACCAACACCUAUUUGGUUGGGAUCGGCCCCAGGAGAAUCCUCAUUGACACUGGAGAACCGGCAGUUCCAGAAUAUAUCAGCUGUUUAAAGCAAGCUCUGACUGAAUUUAACACAGCAAUCCAGGAAAUCAUAGUGACCCAUUGGCACCGUGAUCAUACUGGAGGCAUAGGAGAUAUUUGUAAAAGCAUCAGCAAUGACACUACAUAUUGCAUUAAAAAACUUCCACGGAAUCCUCAGAGAGAAGAAAUUAUAGGAGAUGGAGAGCAACAAUAUGUUUAUCUGAAAGAUGGAGAUGUAAUUAAGACUGAGGGUGCCACUCUAAGAGUUAUAUACACACCUGGCCACACUGAUGAUCAUAUGGCUCUACUUUUAGAAGAGGAAAAUGCUCUCUUUUCUGGAGAUUGCAUUCUAGGUGAAGGAACAACUGUAUUUGAAGACCUCUAUAAUUAUAUGAACUCCCUAAAAAAGUUAUUGAAAAUCAAAGCUAAUGUUAUAUAUCCAGGACAUGGCCCAGUAAUCCAUAAUGCUGAAGCUAAAAUUCUACAAUACAUUGCUCACAGAAAUAUCCGAGAACAGCAAGUUCUUACAAUAUUUCGUGAUAAUUUUGAGAAGUCAUUUACAGUAAUGGAGCUUGUAAAAAUUAUUUACAAGGAUAUUCCUGAGCAUUUACAUAAAAUGGCUGAACAUAAUCUCUUGCUUCAUUUGGAAAAAUUAGAAAAAGAAGGAAAAAUAUUUGGUAACCUGGAUCCUGACAAGAAAUGGAAAGCCAAUCUUUAGUUUCAGAUUAAUUGCUUUUGAUGUUUUGUUUUUAGAGAAUGGUAUGUUUUCUUAACCAUUAAUUAUUUACAAAGAAUAUAGAGUGUAGAAUAUUGAAAAUAACCCUAGCUAUACUUUUAAAUAAUGUCACAUUUAUUCUAAAAUAUGUUACAUUUUAAUCUAUACUGUGGGUUAUAUAAGUUUUAAUCUGCAAUACAGGUGUAUCUAGCCUAGGUCUAAAAAUUCAGAAUCGUUUAUCAACUUUCAAUAGAUGAUUAAGUCAAAUGGUUAUUUUAAAAACUAUAAAAUUUAUGUAACUUAAACUGGAUAUUAUUCUUAGAGAUUAGUUUUCUCUUACCAGUAACCAUACUACUUUCUCUGUUUCAGUUAACAGCUCAGAUUUCUAUAUGAUCCUUCCUUUUUCAAAACUCUGACGUAAUAGUAGAUAACAGCUUUGUUUUCAUGUUUCUGUCAAUUAUAUCACAGUUUUGUAUUAGUUCUACAGUUUUCUAUCAUAUAUUUCCUUUUUUUUCUUUUUGGUGCCAAAAUCCAGGAUCAACAUGUAUACUUUCUAUAAAUGGUAUCCCACAGAUGAGUCAUGCACAUCAACUUCUGGUACUUGAAAAAUAACUAAAUUCCAAAUUGAAGGCAUUAUAUAAUAAAUAAUUAUUUCUAUGAUUUUAAUAAAUAUUUCUUAUAAUAA